AUCUACGAAAACGACCGAAAAAUAAAAAAAAAUUUGAAAGGGAAAAGAAAUUAAUUGUUUCUUACGUGGGCUACUGAAUCCUGAAUGAAAAUUUUCAAAAUCUCAAGUGAAAAAUUGGAGAAUAAUUAAAUGUCAAUUAAAAUUAAUAAAAACAAAUCAGAAUCAAACGAUAAUGUUUUUAUGAUUGUUAGUAUAUUUAAUUCCAACAUGUGACAUUAAUGAAAACUGGUUAGUGUAGUCUUGAUCAUCAGCUCAAAACAUAAACAAAAACAAUCAAUGACAAACAAUAAUGGAUUCAUUGCCGUACACGUUGGAGCUGGACAACAUUCAGAUUCAUUAAAAAAGAAAUAUCAAAAAUUAUGUCGUGAAGCAUGUAAAAGUGGAAUAGAAAAAUUAAAAAAUGGAGGAAGUUCCCUAGAUGCUGUGGUCGAAGCUACUGUAGUUCUAGAAGAUUCAGCUCUGACUAAUGCUGGAUUUGGCUCCAAUCUAACCUUAGAUGGAGAUGUGGAGUGCGAUGCAAGUGUUAUGGACGGAUCAAAAUUAUUAUUCGGCGCAGUUGGAGCUGUGAGUGGUAUUAAAAACCCCGUGACAUUGGCUAAGCGUCUGUGUGAGCAUCAAUCAAACAGAAUUAGCUAUGGAAGAGUACCACCAAGUAUCCUCGUUGGUUCUGGAGCUCAAGUGUGGGCCAACGAAAUGGGAGUUGCUACUCUUCCAGCGGAAGAAUUAAUCUCCAACAAAGCCCGCAAAAUAUACCAUCACUACAAAAGAAAACUAGAGGGCAAGGAAGUCGUUCAAAUACCUAAAAGACGCAUGGACACUGUUGGUGCUGUGGCUGUGGAUGCUUUUGGUAACAUAGCAUCAGCCUGUUCCAGCGGAGGUAUCAUUCUCAAGUAUCCUGGACGUGUUGGACAGGCAGGAGUUUGGGGAUGUGGAGUUUGGGCGCAUAAUGGUCGAUGUUCUGUUGGCGCUAGCACUUCAGGAUGUGGUGAACAUUUAAUUAGAACAACAUUAGCACGGACUAUCGCUGAAGCUAUUGCUACAGCGACACCAAAUCACGUCACGACUCUUCACCAGACCAUGAAGGAUAAAUUUAUAGACUCAGAAUUCCUUCAUGGUCUAGAUCAGAAGCUAGGUGGCGCAAUAGCUAUCAGAUAUUCCUUAGAUGAUUCAAUAGGAGACUUGCUUUGGACUCAUUCAACAAAUUCCAUGAUUCUUGGACAUAUGAGCUCACAUGACAGCAAUGCUAAGAGCUGUGUAUCAUCUUUAGAACCUUGCGAAGUUGGUAAAAAAGCUAUCGUUGAAGGUAUCUGUUUCAGACUGUAAUUUAGCAUGUAAUUUAUACUACUUAUGUAACUGCCAGUGUAACAAUAGCUGUGAAAAUGAAUUUAUCGAAUUAAGUUGCCAUGUUUAUAUGACGAUGUUGAUAAUAAAAAAUAUUGGAAUACAUA